AUGGCAAGUAGCAAUAGUGCAUUGAGUGUGGCACAACCACUCAUUCCUGUCUUCAAGGGAGAAAGCUACGAAUUCUGGAGUAUCCGUAUGAAAAGUAUACUCAAAUCUCAAGAUCUUUGGGACCUGGUAGAAUGUGGAUUUGUAGAUCCCAACGAAGAAAACAAGUUGCGAGGCAACAAGGCAAAAAUUGCUAAAGCGUUGGUAUUUAUUCAACAGGAUGUUCAUGAUAGUGUUUUUUCACGGAUAGCAACAGUAACCACAUCCAAACAAGCCUGGACGAUUCACAAGAAAGAGUUUCAAGGCGAUUCAAAAGUUAUUGUGGUGAGACUGCAAUCACUUCAGCAUAAUUUUGUAACCUUGAUGAUGAAAAGUGGAGAAUCCAUUGCUUGUUUUUCGUCAAGAGCAACGACAAUUGUCAGUCAAAUGCAAUCCUUCGGAGAAAAGGUAAAUGAUCAGAUCAUUGUGGAAAAUGUAUUGCGAAGCCUAACUCCAAAAUUUGAUCACGUAGUUGUUGCGAUAGAAGAAUCCAAGGAUCUAUCCGUCUUUUCCUUUGAUGAACUCAUGGGAUCUCUUCAAGCUCAUGAGACGAGAAUUAAACAAUCCACAGAAAAGAAUGAAGAUAAGGCAUUCCAAGUUGAAGAUUCAGCCACCAAAUAUGGAGAAAAUAAUGGCCCAGGUCGAGGAAGACGAGGAUUUUGCGGUGGUCGAGGUCAUGGUUAUAGAAGGGGCAGAGGAAGGAAUGAUGGACAAAGGAAGUCCAAUGACUACAAAAAACAAGGAAGAGAUUAUCUUUUUAUGGCUUGCAUUGAUACAGACUAUAAGCCAAGUGAUUAUUGGUUUGUAGACAGUGGUUGUUCAAAUCAUAUGACAGGUGUCAAAUCUUUGUUCCAUGUGCUUGACGAGAAGCUAAUUAAAAUGGUGCAUCUUGGAAAUACAAAAGAGUUACUAGUUGAAGGAAAAGGCAUGGUGAGCAUUGACACUAAUCAAGACAAAGUAAACAUGAUAGAUAUGUUCAAUUUGUACCAGAUUUAG